UAGACAUACGUCUGCGAUACUUUUGCUCGUUACUCGUUAGUCUGGUUGAAGUAUAUGAAAGAAGUUUAUGGAUCCAACAUAAGUUCCAAUUGGCAUAGUUAAGAUUUAUCCAAGAGGUUAGGAAGCCUUCUUGUUUGGUUUUGUUGUUUUAGCUGUUAAUGGUAUUGAUUACACUGGAUACAUGUGGUCUGAGUCAAAUAAUCUGCAGACCUGCAGAUUUCUGCUGCCCAAGUUAUGCUGGAAAGGGAUACAGGCCGUCCUCGUGGAUUUGGGUUUUUAACGUUUGCAGACCGUCGCUCCAUGGAAGAUGCAAUCAGAGAAAUGCAUGGUAGGGAGAUUGGUGAUAAGGUGAUCUCUGUGAACAAGGCCCAACCAAAGAUGGGUGGUGAGGAUUCUGACCAUGGCUAUGGCGGUGGCUACGGAGGCGGUGGCAGGGGUAGCUACAGAGGCAGUGACAGGGGUAGCUAUGGUGGCGGUGACAGGGGUAGCUAUGGUGGCGGUGACAGGGGUAGCUAUGGUGGCAGUGACAGGGGUAGCUAUGGUGGUGGUGGCCGUGGAAGCUACGGUGGUGGUGAUAGGUCAGCAGGGCAAGACAAUUGCUUCAAGUGUGGCCGCCCAGGCCAUUGGGCUAGAGACUGCCAACAAGAAGGUGGUGGCCGUGGUUCACAUGCAUUAUCCCCCCCUCCUCGAUCAAGGUUUGGUGGAGGUAGUGCACGUGAGGAUCGUUAUGGCAGUGACCGUCGGUAUACGGAUGAUCAAUACGACAGAGGCCAUUAUGCUGACAAGGAGCGCUAUGAUAGCAAAGAUGAUAGAUAUGGAAGCCGUGAUCGAUUUGCCAAUGACAGGCACCCUGCGGGCGGUGAUCGUUUUGCGGACAACAAGUAUGGGGUUUCUGACCGAUAUGGUCAGAACGGUUCAGGCAAAGAGAGGGGUUUCGACAGGGAUGUAGGUCCACGAGAUGGUGACAGGUACUCCAGUGGAGGACCAGCACGUUACGAGGGGAAAAGCGUCAGAGACAGAGCAGGACCAUAUGAUCGUCCUCGUAGGGGAGGACGUCCACCUGCCGCUGCCUUUGACCGUUAUUGAAGUGCUAAAUCUGUGAUGUGUUAGACUAUCCAUGUUUGAAUUUUAGCCGUCCUUUUUAGUAUCUUGCACUUUUGGUUAAGUAAUCUCUUAAGAUGUAAAGAUGUUGAAUUGUAUAAACUGUUGUAGGGGAAAACUAUAUCUUGGUUUUAUAUUGCUAGAAAAACCUUCUGCAUUUUA